AUGGUUUAUUUGUUGCGUGUUUUGGUGUGUAGCGAUAAAAUAGCCGUUCGGAAAGCAUUCGAAGGGAAAUUGCAUGCAAUCGCCGGAACAAUGAAACCGAGUGCAUUCGAAGCGAUCGACAAUGAAUUAACUGAUGCACAUAUUCUAUUCGAGGUGUUCUGGCAAUCCGUGGCUGUACUGCACGAAGUUUCUCGGAAACUAUUAUCAAGUGAAGGCGUGUAA